CGCGCUCGGUCAAUUCCUCAAAACCCUACGCUUAUUUAGGGUUUCCGUAACCACCGAGAGGUAACACAGACAGCCACCCAGCCGUUGCCAGAGAGGGGGACGAAGCAAUGGCAAGAAUCAAGGUUCAUGAGUUGAGAAACAAAUCAAAGGCAGAUCUUUUGGCUCAGUUGAAGGAUCUCAAAGCGGAGCUUGCUCUCCUUCGCGUUGCUAAGGUCACCGGAGGUGCUCCUAACAAGCUUUCCAAGAUAAAAGUUGUGAGGUUGUCCAUUGCACAGGUGUUGACCGUGAUUUCACAGAAGCAGAAGGCUAUAUUGAGGGAUGCAUACAAGAAGAAGAAGUUUUUGCCCCUUGAUCUGCGUCCCAAGAAGACCAGGGCCAUCCGCAGGAGGCUUACUAAGCAUCAGCAAUCACUGAAGACUGAGCGCGAAAAGAAGAGAGAGAUGUACUUUCCAAUGAGAAAGUAUGCCAUUAAGGUGUAGGGUGCAUCCAUAGCAUAGGCUAUUUUGAUUUCUUUCUUGAACCUAUUCUGUUGACAAGUUUUGAUUUUGAUGGUAUUUGUGAACUGGAGUUGCUCUUUUUUCAAUCUAUGCUUUUAUACUUUUGGAGAGGGUGUAUCUCACUCUAAACAAGAAGCUAGAUUUAUAUUGGAAUUGCAGCUGAAGAGUAUUUCUGUUCA